GGUGUCGCACAGGUUUACCGUUCUCGUUUCGCGCUCUCUCUUCACUCCCUCCCUCUGCUCAAGGACAAAGAAACCCCAGUCUAUGUAUGGCUCCAACGAAACGCGAUAUUCCCAGAGAAGAAGAACCAGGGCAAGAACAAGAACCGAAGGUCAAGAAAACGAAAUCCGAUGACGAUGAGCAGACGAAGAAGCACCUUGUGGUUCUCAAUCCUGCUGACUAUGACUUAGAUUUUAAUAUUGAAGAAGAUGGUCUUUAGGGCUCAGCACUCCAUGAGCAGGGUUUUGCCUAUUGUUGGUCUGGUGCUCGUGUGAAUGUUGGAAUUACUGGAGGGAAGUAUUGUUUUGGUUGCAAAAUCCUUUCUGCUCAGGCAGUGAAAAUGGAAGAUACACCACCUGAUCAGCAGCAUGUUUUGCUGUCUUGGAAUUUCAAGGGGUGAUGAUGCCAGUGGGGAAUCUUGGGAAAACUGACCACAGCUUUGGGUUUGGUGGAACAGGGAAAUUUUUGACUUCUAGAAAAUUUUCUGACUAUGGUGAAAAGUUUAGCACUGGAGAUACGAUUGUUUGUGCUGUAGAUCUAGAGACCAAGCCAUUGGCUUCCAUUGGGUUUUCCAAGAAUGGUAAAUGGUUAGGUACUGCAAUGCAAUUUAAUGCUGGUCCUGAUGGUCUUGUGGUGGUUGAUUCUCCAACUAGGAUGCUGCAGUGGGAAUCAGCAAUCUUUCCUCACAUUCUGUUAAAAAAUGUUGUGGUUCAACUGCAGUUUAGUGUUGAAGAUGGACCGGUUCUCAAAGAAGGAUUUAAGCCUUGGGCAGCUUCUCUUGAGGAUGGAAAUGCAAUAAUGGGAUCUAUGCUUUCUAGCGUGAGAGAUUGUGAAGUUAUGAUGAUGGUAGGAUACUAGGAUUACCAGCUUCUGGCAAGAGCACUUGUGCAGAGAAAUGGGUGAAAGAGCAUCCUGAGAAGCAUUAUGUUUUGCUUGGAACAAUCUUGUUUCUGGACCAAAUGAAGGUGCCUGGGUUGCUAUGUAAGAGGAACUAUGGUGAAUGAUUUGAUUGUCUGAUCAGACUAGCAAAUCAAAUUUUGAAUGCCCUCUUACCAAGGGCUGCCAUGAUACCUCACAAUUAUGUUAUUGAUCAAACAAAUGUUAUUUCCUUUAAAUUGAAAUGUUCACCAUUCUGGGAAACAUAUACAGAGACCAUUUGGUAUUGUUAUUUCCUGCAUCUAUGAGAAACAUAUACAGAGUAAAACGUUUCGUAGCUUCUCCUUCUUGGUUUCUGCUUUGAAUAUAUGCUCCAUCUCUUAAUCUGGUAGCUAUUGUGGUUUUCCCAGAACCAGAGGAGCUGGAGUUGCGUGCUGCUAAAAGAUUUGGAGAGAUGGGGAAGGAGGUACCAGCUGACACAGUUAAUGAAAUGACAGCUAACUGUACUUUGCCUGGGCCAGAUGAGUUCUUUGAUGAGUUGAUAGACAAGAGGCACAAAGAUACCUGGAUGAGAUGAAACUUGCUCUAAGACCUGCAUCCACACCUUAUUCUUAAGAAAAUUUUGUUCAGUCAUACAACAGCUGUUUGUACCCAAAUCAAUGGGGUUCAUCAGCUGUUGCUGCAGAUUGCCAGCCAGGCAUGCAUUCAGUA